AGGCGGGUCUGUGUGCCUGCAGUCUGGACACUGGUGCCGGGGAGGGAUCACUGUGGGUCUGGGUUGAGUUAGGGGCGGGAUAGUGAAGAGACUUAUGUCGCUUUCCGUGCAGGGUAUGAACGCUGCUUCUCCCGAACUCUCCCGGCAUCUGGCUUACCAAGCAAAUUUUGGAAUGAAAUCCCCUCAGAGUCCCACUAGUGACUACACUCAAGAUGGAAUAAAAAAUGAAAAUGUCCGCAACUUACCUCUUGCUGGUCAUGUGGGGUUUGACAGUUUACCGGACCAGCUAGUCAAUAAAUCCGUUCAUCAGGGGUUUUGCUUCAAUAUCUUGUGCAUUGGAGAGACUGGAAUUGGAAAAUCAACAUUGAUUAAUACACUGUUUAAUACUAAUUUUGAAGAACAUGAAUCCACUCAUUUUGAGCCCUCUGUAAAGUUGAAAUCACAGAUUUACGACCUCAGUGAAGGCAAUGUACACUUGAAACUGACUAUUGUGAAUACAGUAGGUUUUGGAGACCAGAUAAACAAAGAGGACAGCUACAUGCCCAUCGUGGACUACAUUGACACACAGUUUGAAGCCUAUUUACAAGAAGAGUUAAAGAUAAAACGUUUAUUGUACAAAUACCAUGACAGCCGCAUUCAUGCAUGCCUUUACUUCAUUGCUCCCACUGGACAUGCCCUCAAAUCUCUUGAUCUGAUAACUAUGAAAAAGUUGGAUAGCAAGGUUAACAUCAUUCCUGUCAUUGCAAAAGCAGAUGUGAUCUCAAAGUCUGAAUUGCAUAGGUUCAAAACAAAACUUAUAAGUGAACUGGUCAGUAAUGGUGUGCAAAUCUACCAGUUCCCAACCGAUGAUGAAAGCAUCAGUAAGCUUAAUGCCUCAAUGAAUGCACAGCUCCCUUUUGCAGUUGUCGGAAGUAUGGAGGAAGUCAAGAUUGGUAACAAGAUGGUUAAGGCUCGUCAGUAUCCAUGGGGCAUCGUACAAGUGGAAAAUGAGAACCACUGUGACUUUGUAAAGUUACGUGAAAUGCUGAUUGGUACUAAUAUGGAGGACCUAAGGGAACAGACACACACCAGGCAUUAUGAACUGUAUCGGCGCUGCAAGUUGGAGGAAAUGGGAUUUCAAGACAUGGGUCCUGGAGAUAAGCCUGUAAGUUUGCAGGAAACCUAUGAAGCAAAGCGGCAAGAGUUCUUUGAGGAGCUGCAGAGGAAGGAGGAAGAGAUGAGACAGACCUUUGUGCAGAGAGUAAGGGAGAAAGAGACAGUGCUGAAAGAAGCAGAGCGAGAGCUUCAGAAUAGAUUUGAGCAACUGAAGAGGCUUCAUCAGGAUGAAAGAGUUAGCCUGGAUGAGAAAAGGAAAGACCUGCUGGAGGAGGUUAAUGCAUUCACUAAGCGGAAGGCUGCUGCAGAGCUACUACAAGGUCAGGCUUUUGGAAGUGUCGCCAACUCCAGCUUGAAAAAGGAUCGCAAAACUUUCAUGUGAUUGGACGACUCUGCAGUGAUACUACAUCAAUGGGCAUGUGGGUUUUUUUUAACUUUUAUAAAAGCUGAAAUGUGUUUCUGAUGCCCACUACCACAAAGAACAGGAAGCAAUGAAACUCUGCCAAGGACAAAAAGACUUACUGCCAUUGCGUCCAUGAUUACUGGUAACCUUGCCAUCUGAGCACCUGCUGUUAGGACUUUAUACUCGUUUCCAGGGCUCCCAGGACCAUGGGAAAAACAAGGGAAGAGGUUUGCAGUGUUGUCAAAGUAUUUUAAGGGAUUCUUUAUUCUUAAUAAAAAUGAAUCUUUUCUGUAACAUAUGUAUAAGAUUACAUGUAUGGGAGGUGAGAAGGAUCAAAACUGCAGAAAUAUAAAUGUGCCUUCUAAUGUUGUUUCCAUGUACUCUGCUUUGUGGUAUCACUGCCCAGAGAGAGCGCACACAUUACAGCUUAUCCUGCAGUCACCUAGAUCUUACAGUAUGUACAGUAUAUCUUUUCUGUCACACAGGUAUUUCAUAUUCAUUCAUUGUUACAUUAUUUCCUGGUUAAAAUGAGGUCUGUUUUCUCUGAAUUUAUACAUUUUGGAUUUUAUUUUUUUAACAUUUGAUAGGUCAACCUAGCUGUAGACAUGUAUAAAAGAAUAACUUCCUCUUGUUUAUUUUUUGUGUUCGUUCCAUAGAACGCUUACUCGUAAUACUGCACACGUUUAUUGUUUUAAAGAUUAAUUUUAUCGUUUUGAUUGAGCAGCAAGGAAAAAAAUACUAGUGUUGGUUGUGUGUGCAACGUACAGCUUUUUGUCUUUGAUUAUCAUGUAUGCAAUUAAUACGCAGAGAAAACGCAGCUGAAAACCAGAAGUAAAUGCAAAAGUUUGGAAAGGAGACUUCUACAAUAUAAAAGGUUCUUACACUUAC